AUGAUUUAUAGUUUAUGGGGUCACAAUGAUGUUGAAUGGUUAGCUCUAGAAUCUUGUGGUUUGUCUGGUGGAUUGCUGACUAUAUGGAAUAAAGGCCUAUUCGCUUUUCGAUUCAGUUUUACUGGAAUUGGUUUUUUGGGCAUUUGUGUGGAAUGGAAGGAUGGGUUGUUAUACAUUGUCAACAUCUAUUCACCUUGUUCUUUAUCUGGGAAAAGAAAAUUGUGGAAAGACUUGCUUGAUUUUAAAUCGAAUAAUGAUAUUGGUGAAUGGUGCUUAGGAGGAGAUUUUAAUGCUAUCUCGAAGAGUGGUGAGAGACGAGGAUGUGGUAGUACCGGGAUUUCGUCGGAGAGGACUGAAUUUUCUGCCUUUAUGGAUGAUUUCGAAGUGGUUGAUAUACAGGUGUUAAGGAAAAAAUCCAUGUGGUUGAAUUCUGAUGGUUCGGUUAUGAGUCGUUUAGAUCGAUUUCUCUUAUCAGAUGGUUUCAUUCACAAAGGAGGUAUAUUUAAUCAAUGGGUUGGCAACCGGGAUACAUCAGAUCAUUGUACUAUAUGGUUAGAGUGCUCCAAUCUUAAUUGGGUACCUAAGCCAUUUAAAUUCAAUAACAGUUGGAUCGAUAACCCAGAGUCUUUUUCCUUUGUAAAAAGAACUUGGAAGAAUCUGCAAGUAAGUGGUAGAAAGGCUUUUGUUAUGAAAGAAAAGUUGAAGAUGUUGAAACAAGCGUUGAAAACUUGGCAUUCGGAAGUUUUCGACUUUAAGGAUCUUAGUGUUAAUAAUAUAGUGAAGGAGCUCAAUGAUGUAGAAGAAUUAAAUGCGAAUGGGGAUGUUGAUCCUGCUGACUUAAAUUCGAAUGACCUUGUUCGGAAGUUUUGGGAGCAAAUUCACGCUAAGGAAAGCCUUCUUAGACAAAAAUCUAGAACAAAGUGGAAUCAAGAAGGAGACUCUAACUCUUAG